AAUACCCAAAAUUCCGAAAUUGGGCAUUUUUCAAACUAAUUUUGCAUUUUAUAAUCUUUUUUGUGCAGGAAAAAGACGAAGAAGAUAUAGAUUCGAUUAAAUACUCGAGAAAACAAUAAAGAAAAAACAACUUUUGUGCUUUUUCCCGUACUCUCAAAGAAUUUGAAAAAAGUGAAAAAACAUUACCAAACAACCAAUUUUUUUGACCAAAACUAUAACGGAUAUUUCAAAGUUUAGUAAACCUCGGGUAGAGUAAAAGUUCGACGUGGUAGCUACGUCAGUUGUAGUUUUGCGUCGUAAAAGAAAUUUUCCUGAGUAAAAGAAGAUAAAGGAGCACCCAAUUGAUUGGAUUUUUCUUACCCUGCCAUCCUUUGAAUCGACCCGUAAUGUCUGAGAUAAGGGCCAUGGAGCAUCCAACACUCAAGGUACCGUAUGAGAUUCUCAACAAAAAAUUCAGAAUUGCCCAGAAGACCCUGGACAAAGAGCUCAAUCAGAUACAGAAUGUGGCAUCGGAGCUGGAGAAAGGGCUGGUGAACGGGUCAGCUGGGGAGAUCUCACGUCUCCUGGGUGGUGUUGUGGAGCGUCUUCAGGUGCUGAAGCGCAAAGCAGAGGAGAGUAUUUCGGAAGAGAUUUCUGCUGGAUAUGUCUGUAAACGUCGCCUUGAGCACCUCAAGCAGAACGUCGUUGCCAAUCCAGAUGUCGAAGUUCAGCUAGCAGCCACGAAUCAGUGGAAGAAGACACGCCUUGAUCGCAUGAUUGUUGAGCAUUUUUUGCGUCUGGGUUACUAUGAAUCGGCUGAACGUUUGGCCAUCAGAAGUGGCAUUCGUGACCUCACCAAUUUGGACAUUUUCCAGACAUCGCGCGAAGUUGAGCAGGAUCUGGCAAAUCACAAGACUACCAAGUGCAUGAUCUGGUGCAAUGACAACAAAUCCAAGCUCCGGAAGAUCUCCUCUAAUAUUGAAUUUCAGCUGCGAAUGCAGGAAUUUGUGGAGCUUGUGCGUCAAGACAGACGCCUGGAUGCUGUAAAGCAUGCCAGGAAAUAUUUUCCAGACUUUGGCAUGGAGCAACUCAGGGAGAUCAGGCAGUGUAUGGGCCUACUAGCAUUUCCAGUCACCACCGAAAUUGAACCGUACAAAUCACUAUUUGACACCCAACGCUGGAAUGAUCUAGUGCUCAAUUUCCGCAUGGAGAACUAUCGUCUCUUCCAGCUGGCUACACAGUCUGUUCUCUCUGUGGCUGUUCAGGCGGGACUGUCGGCCCUGAAGACCCCACAGUGCUACUCCAAUGGCUCAAAGAACAUCAGCUGCCCCGUGUGCCAGGAGAAUUUCAACGAGAUCGCUGAGAAUUUGCCAUAUUCUCAUUGUGCCCAGAGCCGACUCAUUUGCCGUGUGACCGGGAAGCCACUCAAUGAGCACAACUUGCCCAUGAUGCUGCCCAAUGGACAAAUUUUUGGACAACAGGCAUUGCCGCACAUCACAAAGGAGAAUGGCAUAAUUGUUUGUCCAGUCACAAAUCAGACAUUUUGUCAGCCAAAAAUCGAGAAGGUCUUCGUCAUGUAGAUUUUUCUUUGUGUCUUCUGAAGUAAAUCUCAGCGCGAUCUCCAAGAUUCUGAGGCUUCUUCUUGGAGAGAUCUCCUCGGAUUAAAUAUCAUUUUAUUGGUAUAAUAUAUUUAAGGCUUUUUCCUCCCUCAUAUUUCUCGAGUAAUAAGAUAAGGAGCAAAUUCGAUCGUAUAAGCAAUUUUUGGCAUUAUAAUUUUUUUUAAAAACUAAAUUUUAAGAUUUUCUUUUCCAACAAAAAAAAUUAUUGUUAAUUAAAUAUUGUGAAGUACAGUUUUUUGUGGUUUAGAGAUUACAAUAAUUGAGAAAAUUAAGGAAAGAUGAUAUGAGAUAAAAAUUUGCUAAAAAUGACAAAAGACAAAGUUAAAGUAUAGAAUUUCGAAAUUAUGAAAGAAGAAAAAAAAACAAUGUGAAAUUGAUGGAUUUACCUCUUUGACGUGACCAUAAUUUAUUUUCUCACAUUAGUCUGUCCAAUGUGAGCAUUUCAAUAAAUACAUUUAAGUAAACCUCCCAAUCUUUUUGUAAUAAGAAAAAAAAAUCUCAUCUCUUAUGAAUAAACAUAUGAGAUAUUGUGAAUUAUAA